AUGGGGUUUAUCACCGGCUUCUGCAGCGGCUUUGCCCUAACAAGCUCCGUUCUAUUCAUCACAAUCACAAUUCAUCGGGCCAACCGCUUGGAACAGCGUCGGGCGAUUCGCGAACAAGUCGAUCAGAUAAACUGGAUUGCCGCCUCCGCUGGCGCAUAUGACCGUCGCUUUGCUCCACAAGAUAUCCCAAGACGACUAGAAGAUCGCCUACAUAAGAACGAUGAAGAUAUUACCAUGAAGGAAGUUUUGAAGCAUCGGUGGAACCAAGAAGUGGAGAAGAUGGCUCGGAAAGCGCAUGAUACUCGGUGGGAGGACGUACGAGACACAGCAGUCGAUGCAUGGAAGUCCGCUACAAACCUUUUCAAGAAGGAGUGA